GGAAAAAAAAAUUCAAAAUCCUGUCCUGGUUUCAAGGCCCUGGGUAGCCAGGCUAAGUCCACCCACUGGAUGGAGAUUUCCCCACAUUGCCCUGCUGCCUUGCUCCAGCCACACUGGCUUUCUUGCCUGCUCCACCUCAGGACUUUUGCACCAUCUCUCUCCAUAUGGAACACUUUUCUUCAGAUCUUCCUUUGAUCCACUCCUCCUUAUACUCCAAAAUGUCUUCCAGAUCUUUCUGAGUGUUGUCCCACUUCCAGCUACUCUCUGUUCUUAUUCAGUUGUUCUAAUUUGUUUAUACUACCUACCAUUCCUUGAACUUAUUUAUUUAUGAGUUUGUCUCCUAUCUACCCUCAUGAACAUCCUAACAGCAGAGACUAUGUCUGUCUUUUUUUAAAAAAAUUUUUUAGAUGUUAUGGACCUUUAUUUUAUUCACUUAUUUACAUACGAUGCUGAGAAUCAAACCCAGGGCCUCACACAUGUUAGGAAAGUGCUCUUACCACUGAGCCACAACUCCAGCCCCUUAUGUCUGUCUUUUGCACCUCAGAACCCACAGGACCUCGAGUUCUCUGUGCACUCAGCACAUGCUCAGUAAAUAUCUGUUGAGUGGAUGGAUGGAGUAGGAGGCUAUGUAGGGGUAUGCCCCCCAGACAUCGCAGCAAGGAAGGCUUUCAGAGGAAGGAAGUGCAGCUGAGACUGCAGGGCCUUAGUGCAGGAGUCACCCUAGAAGGGAAAGGCCAGUCCAUACAGAAGGACCUAGAAAACAACAACAGAAAAGGGAUAUAGGAAGGUUCAAAGUGUGGAGCGUUCUGGAAACUGUAAAUUGUUCAAUUUGACUGGGGUAGAAGCUGGGCAGGGUCAGAAAUCAGAGGAGCUGGAGAAGUAGAAGGCAGGACAUUUGGCCUUAUUACUCCCUGAAGAAUUGGAGCUCCGUGUGGAGGGCAGUGGGAACAGUGUCCUGGCGGGCAUUUUAGAAUGGGCUGCUGAGUGCAGAAUGCUUUCUAUGAAGAAAGUUUGGUGGUGGUCCUGCGGUGCUGGGAGGUGCCCUGCCCAGGUGAGAGAUGUCAGGGCCCUGAGCCAGGUAGGUGGUGAUGCAGAAGGAAGGACGUGGCCAUGUGUGCAGGAGACAUUGAGGAGCAGCCUGGCCAGGGCUGAAUGGGGGAGUCAGAGUCCAAGUCUCAACCUCCAGGGACUCCGUGGACAGACGUGCUGUUCCCUGGAGGUAGGGAGGAAAGAGCAGGUUUUGGGAAAGACUGGGGUUCUGUGUUGGAUUGGUCGAGUGAGUUGGGUCCAGGUGGAAAGUUGUACAGUUUAGGGUUCCAGAAAGAGGGAGUGGUCCGUGCAGUCGGCCACAAAGGGAGGCUGUACCCUCUUUGAUGACAUAUGAAGAGGAAGUGUCCACUGGGGGAGUGGCUGGAGGACGCUGGACUCCAGCAGCCUUGGCUUGGGUCAAGCAGUGAACGGAAGUGAAACCAGAAGUGGAGUGCAGAUUUCUCUGUCAAGAAGUUUGGAGGGAGAGCAACAGUGCUGCUGCUGCUGGGAGCCUCGCAGAUGCCUUAGUGUUUUCUUAUUUGAAGUUGGAAAGGAUUCAAGUCCUUUGGAAUUUGGAAGGAAGAAUCCAGAAGAGAGGGAGGUUGGCAAUACAGGGCCACUGGCCUGAAAAUGGCCCAGCUGGAAUUUGAAACACUGGAAGCUGUAACUGGAGCCUUUGGAGCCAGGCCUUGGACCAGGAUGCCAGAGUUCAACAUGCUCCCCACCACCAACACGCUCAUCAUUAGCUUUUCGGAACUCCCCCUGAGAGUCGGACUUCAUGCCAAGAGCUUCAAGUGCAUUCAUUCUUUGAAGGAAACUCUCAUCAGCUGGAUGGAGCCCCAUCAAACUCAGAACUUCCCGCGCUCCAGGCAAAGCCGAAGCAGUGCUGGUGCCGGCGACCACAGCGAGGACUGGAAAUGCCAGGGGGUGCCAGGCUCAGAACGCAGAACGCUGCGGAAAGGCGCACCCAGGUGUGCCACAGAUCACAAUAUGGACAACACCACAGAGAUGCUGCAGGAGUGGCUGGCAGCUGUGGGCAGUGACUAUGCAGCUGUGUUCUGGAGGCCUGAGGGGGAGUCCAGGUCCUACCCAAGUGAAGAGGGUCCCAAGCACUGGACCAAAGAAAGGCACCAGUUUCUGAUGGAAUUGAAGCAGGAAGCCCUGACUUUUGCCAGGAAUUGGGGGGCUGACUAUGUCCUGUUUGCAGACACAGACAACAUUCUGACCAACAACCAGACGUUGAGGCUUUUGGUGGAGAAGGGGCUACCAGUGGUGGCCCCAAUGCUGGACUCCCAGACCUACUACUCCAACUUCUGGUGUGGGAUCACCCCCCAGGGCUACUACCGCCGCACAGCUGAAUACUUCCCCACCAAGAACCGCCAGCGCCGGGGCUGCUUCCGGGUCCCCAUGGUCCACUCUACCUUCCUGCUGUCCCUGCGGGCUGAGGGGAUAUCUCAGUUCGCCUUCUACCCACCUCAUCCCAACUACACUUGGCCCUUCGAUGACAUCAUCGUCUUCGCCUAUGCCUGUCAGGCCGCUGGGGUCUCCGUCCAUGUGUGCAAUGAGCAACGUUAUGGAUACAUGAACGUGGGGGUGAAGUCCCACCAGACCCUGGAGGAUGAGAAGGUCAACUUCAUCCACCUGAUCUUAGAAGCACUGGUGGAUGGGCCUCCCAUGCAGGCCUCAGCUCACGUAUCUCGACCUCCGAAGAGGCCCAGCAAGAUGGGUUUUGAUGAGGUCUUUGUCAUCAGCCUGGCCCGCAGGCCCAACCGCCGAGAGCGCAUGCUGAGCUCGCUCUGGGAGAUGGAGAUCUCUGGGCGGGUAGUGGACGCUGUGGAUGGCAGGAUGCUCAAUAGCAGUAUCCUCAGGAGCCUUGGCGUGGACCUGCUUCCUGGCUACCAGGACCCCUACUCGGGUCGCACACUGACCAAGGGUGAGGUGGGCUGCUUCCUCAGCCACUACUCCAUCUGGGAAGAGGUAGUGGCCAGGGGUUUGGCCCGGGUGCUGGUAUUUGAGGACGACGUGCGCUUUCAGAGCAACUUCCGGGGGCGACUGAAGCAGCUGAUGGAGGAGGUGGAGGCCCGGAAGCUUCCGUGGGACCUCAUCUACCUUGGCCGAAAGCAGGUGAACCCUGAGGAGGAGGUGGCUGUGGAGGGACUACCAGGCCUGGUGGUGGCAGGGUACUCCUAUUGGACACUGGCAUAUACUCUGAGCCUGGCAGGCGCCCGCAAGCUGCUGGCUUCCCAGCCUCUACACCGCAUGCUGCCUGUGGACGAGUUCCUGCCCAUCAUGUUUGACCAGCACCCCAAUGAGCAGUACAAGGCACACUUCUGGCCAAGGGACCUGCAGGCCUUCUCUGCCCAGCCCCUGCUCGCUGCCCCCACCCACUAUGCAGGGGACGCUGAGUGGCUCAGUGACACAGAGACAUCCUCUCCUUGGGACGAUGACAGUGGCCGCCUCAUCAGCUGGACUGGCUCUCAAAAGACCCUGCGUGGCCCUGUCCUGGAUCUGGCUGGUAGCAGUGGGCACAGCCUCCAUCCCCAGCCCCGGGAUGAGCUCUAGGUCCAAACAGUGACUCCAAAGGAGUGCAUAGGAGCAGAGGUAUUGCUGGCAGGAGCUGCGCCCAGAAGCCACAAAGCCAGAGAGAUCUGGCUGUCACCUUAGACUUGGCCACUCUGCCUCUGGACCAGUCUAGGUUGGGAGAAACCACUCAGAAAUGGAUCCUGUUUCCCAGAGGUCACUUGGCAAAAGGGUAGGAUUCAAAGACUCCUGACCCUGCUGGGCCUGGCUCAUAGCCCCAGGUAGAGGGACAGAGGGGGCUCCUCAGCUCUCAGUUUCAUGGUGGGCAGAUUCCUGGAUCCCUGCCCUCCCUAAAGACUCAGCCACUGGUCUCUUCUGUCCCUUCUACCUCCACAUCAACAGCGUCCCCUGCUCAACACCUGGGUCUCACCAGCACCUUCUUUCCUGGCAAUGGGAAGUUCAGGGAGGUGGAAGUGGGAGGUAGAGCCCUGCAGACCUGGUGUUAAGCACAGAGUAACCUCAAUAAAAGCCAGAUGUAUUUGCACUUUA